AUGUCUGACUUCACGCGAGAGGACGAGAUUACUCUCGACAUGCUGCGCACGAAGGGAGAGCUGGGCUAUUUACAAACUGACGAGGCAAAAACACUCCAACAGUUGGAGCAGAGGUACGAGGUUUUUAUCAAGGAAGGGUUACGGAAUUUGGCAAGGAUGGCACCGCGGAGAUCCAUUCGGCAUAUAUGGCUUCAAUCUGCUCUGAUAUCGUGGCCAAUGUUGUGCCUGCUUCUCAGCUUGUUUUUCGUUGCACUGUACUUGCUUCAUUCUCCGCAAGGAAGUGGAGGACCUCAGGCCCUUCUCCCCUGGCAUCUGCGGUUGGUUGCGGUGCUGCUUGCUGCGGCCACACUGGUGGGCUUCACGCGGAUGCGUGAACGCCCCUUUCUGAGCAGAGCAGUUCUAGUUGCCUGUAUGGUGUCGCUAAUGACAUUGAGUGUGUUGAUGCUCCUCUUGCUCUACCGCAGCCAUCACACGGAUGAUGCACAGUGGGAUGUCCGCUUGUGCGCAAUAGUAGGAGGAUUGGACGGUGUGAUUGUGCUGGAGUCGGCGUUGCUCUUGUUUGCUCGCUUCUGA